AUGCCUAUCUGUGUACACGUCCCGGAACUACCCGGCGAGGUUUUCCGCCUUAUCAGGUAUCCAAUUGCCGAGUUGCAUCCUGUGCGGCAGAUCGAAUGGAAGUGGAUCAUGUCUAGCUUUCCCACCCACGUACCAGAGCUCCAGCUUUCCCUUCUUGUCCUCUCAGACACCUGCUUGCGUCCAUCAGCCCGGCUUUUCGAGUGUCUGGAUUUGACACCCCCUCUUUUCUAA